GACUGGAAGCAUGAUAUCACCCUCGCACAAGAGGCGCAUAUUGAUGCCUUCGCGCUCAACAUGGCCCAUAACGAGGCAACGAACGAACGGUCUGUUAAGAAUGCCUUCCAGGCAGCCGAGAGCCUUGGAUUUCAAUUGUUUUUCUCUUUCGAUUACGCCGGAAAUGGGCCAUGGCCCCAAGCAGAGGUCAUCGCGAUGCUUCAAAAGUACUCCUCCAGUUCGGCCCACUACCGUUACCAGGGCAAGCCUUUUGUGUCCACCUUUGAGGGGCCUGGCAAUGCAGAAGACUGGAUUGCCAUAAAGGCUGCUACUGGCUGCUUCUUUGUCCCUGACUGGUCUUCGUUGGGCGCCAAGCCGGCUCUUCAACUUGCAGGGGGCGUGGCUGAUGGCUUAUUCUCGUGGGCAGCUUGGCCCACGGGGUUGGGACGAAUGAAUACCUACGUUGACGCAUCGUAUAUCCAGUACUUAACGGAGGCAGGGAAGCCAUAUAUGAUGCCAGCCUCUCCGUGGUUUUAUACCAACAUGCCUGGGUAUGAUAAAAACUGGCUUUGGCACUCGGACUCUCUCUGGUACGAUCGCUGGGUUGAAAUUGCCUAUCUGGAACCGGAGUGGGUCGAGAUAAUCUCCUGGAAUGACUACGGCGAGUCACAUUAUAUUGGCCCCCUCAACGACAAGGCGUACGUGGCGUUUCUCACAGGGAGGGCGCCUUAUAACUAUGUGCAAGAUAUGCCUCAUGAUGGAUGGCGGACACAGCUCCCGUAUCUCAUUGAUUUGUAUAAGACGGGGACAUCGUCGGUCACAAAGGAGAACUUGGUCGUCUGGUAUCGCACCAACCCCCGAACUACCUGUUCUGGUGGAGGCACAACGGGAAACACAGCAAGUCAACUCCAGAUUGAGUACGACGCGUACACCUUGGUGGACGACAAAAUCUUUUUCUCUGCACUGCUCGGCUCAAAUGCAACCGUUACCGUCAGUAUCGGCGGCCUUGAAUAUGACGGCCACUGGGAGUUUGAACCAGAUGGCGGUGUUGGCAUCUACCAUGGCAGCUUUCCAUUCAAUCUGCAUCUCAUGGGCGAAGUAAUAGUUACGAUCUCACGAAAUAGUAAAGAUGUGCUUACUGUCAAAGGAAAGGCCAUCUCAGACACGUGCGUCAGUGGCCUUGCCAAUUUUAAUCCGUGGGUGGGAUCUGCCACUGCUGGAUCAACAAUCAAAGCUGUAUCGCCGAAGCUGAAGCUCUCCGAACAAACUUGUAUCAAAGGGUCCGGAGCUGGAAACUUCGCCGGUCUGUGCCAGUUCACUUGCAAGUAUGGAUAUUGUCCGGUAGGCGCAUGUUAUUGCACUGCGAUGGGCGCCGAAAAGAAGAAGCCUAAAGCCACAGGUAAGAAAGGAUAUCCCAAAAAUGGCGAUGCAAAUUAUGGAGGGCUUUGCUCGUUCGCUUGCAACCUUGGAUACUGUCCCGAAUCAGCUUGCUCAGAAACACCUUCGCCACCAUAUAUCCCUCCCAGCUCUCCAUUUGCUGCCCGUGCUUGCACAGGGGGCGAGAGUGAGCAUGGAGAAAAGUAUGCCGGGCUGUGCAGCUUUGCCUGUGCUUAUGGUUAUUGCCCUAUUAGCACAUGCUGGUGCGCUGAAGUAGGUGAUUUGAACGUUCCACCGCCCCCAUCUGAUGUCAAAGGUGUCCCAGACACCAGUGAUGCAGAUGAGUAUGAGCUGCUCAAAGGGCUCUGCAAUUUCGCGUGUAGUCGAGACUAUUGUCCUCCUGGUGCCUGCAAGCUGGCCUCUGAAGGCGAUGGUGAUGAGUAUGACGAUGACGAUGGCGACGAUGACCGGCCAACAGAGAUCAUCGUUGAUGGAUCGAUCUGGCAGGACGCAAACCCAGCAGUCAGCUGCGGCUCAGACUGCAUUCUCGUGCUCCCCCCAGUUACCCUCCCAAGCCCGACAGUCAUCACAUUCGAUAAUGACCAAGGGGGCUACCAAACCACGUUGAACGUGGCAUGGGAGGUUCCCGUCACUACCACAUUACCGGAUGGUCAAGUAGUAACUACUUCGAGUAUUAGCCAUAUUCUACAAGAGACCAGAAUUUCCGUUCCUCCGACCACGGUUAGUGUCUUGCCGUUGUGGCCGGUAACAAUCACGAGCCCAACUCCUACGACAACCAUUUACCCUAUGUAUCGUAUUCCUCCGCAAACAAUCGUUAUUACGGAUGACCCAAACCCCCUGUCGGAGGAGGGCGUCUCGCAUUCACCAGUCACUCGAGAUAUAACCAUCCCGCCUUACCCUUGGGUAUCUGAAUCAGCUCGAGACACAAAAAUUCCGCCUGUCACGUUUACUUCGGCUUCAGACAGCAGCAAUGGUCCAAAAUGUACCAACCGUGCCCGAUGUGGCUCAGGCUGCCAUUCUAAAAACUUCUGCGGCGAUGGUCCAUGUCUCAUCGGCUGUGGUGGCGGAGGCUUCGCUGCCUCGAACGACCCAAAACCGCUCCCGAACCCUCAUCCAGGCCCUAGCCAUAACAAAGGCGAUGACAGUGACGAUGACGAAGAUUCCCAGACAUACGAAGACCAAGGUUCUGAUGGUGGUGCUGGGUCUGACAUUGACAACUAUCCACAAGGCGAUUCACGAUAUUAUGCUACUUUGACUGAUAUCAGCAAAGCGGCUCAGCAAAUGUGUGAGGGUUUAUUUACUGACUUCAACGACGGGGUCCAGUUUACUUCAGUGCAGGGCAUUGGAGAGCGCAAUACCUGGUCACUUGUGAUGCAGUACACGAAGGCAGGCGGCUGCCCUGCGGCCCCCAACUUUAAAGCCAAAAAGCAUCAGGCCGCCAUUGAUACCUGCAUUGAAAAUCUGAACCUCAUCAUCAACAACUGUCAGUAA